CCAAUUUUAAGCCACAUAAAAAAGCAUAUCCCACAAGUAUUAGUUGGUGGGAGACGUUAAUAUCUUGCUAGUAAUAUCCCCUUUCGACUUCUAUGCGGAAAAAGGACAGUUUAGUUUAUUAAAAUUUUCGUUGUAUGCUGUAAGUGGGAUUCAGGGAAGGACAAGCAUUAGUGGGAGGAAGACGUAUAUCUUGCUAGCAAGAGCACCUCUCGAUUUCUAUGCCUAAAAAAGCUAGUUCGGUAUACUAAACUUUUAGCUAUUUGCAGGGUCCGAAGAAUGACCAGAUCAUAAUUGAUUAUAUGCAGUUUUACCUUACAUUUCUGUUAGAGAUUAUUUUCAUGACUUUAACCCAUGACCGCCUGGUCACAUGACAACAACAUUACCAAUUACUCCAAGACUCCCCUUCAUUUUAUAUAUAUAUAUAGACACACACUAUCAGGCAUGAAAUAACAUGUACAACCAAAGAAACAAAAAGUAAAGAGAAACUUAGAAGAGUAUCAUGGGUAGUGAUCAACUAGAUAUGAAUAAGCUUCCAAUAAUAGAUUUUAGGAAGGGAGAUUUGAAAGAAGGGAGUGAAGAAUGGAUAUCAUUGAGGGAGCAAGUGUACAAAGCAUUAGAAGAAUAUGGUUGUUUUGAGGCAUUACUUGAUGGAAUUCCAAAAGAGAAACUAUAUGAAAAGUUGGAACUACUUUAUAACUUACCUAAUUUGGACACCAAAUUGACAAAUUCUCAAACUUCUGGUUACUAUAAGGAUAAACCUCUCAUUCCACUUCUUGAGAGGAUUGCCAUUCACCAUGUCCUCUCUCCUGGUGUUAUUGAUAGCUUUUUUUCCAACAUCAGUUUGCCUGAUCAUGGAGACAAACAAUUUUGUGAUUUGGUGCAUGGUUAUGCCAAGGGAUUAUCAGAAUUUGAUGAGAUGAUAAGAAAAAUGAUAUUUGAGAAAUUAGGAAUAUUUGAAAAAUAUUGGGAUGAACACAAAAAAUCAACAAGUGGUGCACUUGGCCUGUUGCGUUACAGAGUGCCUAAAGCUGAGGAGACAAAUGUUGGACUAUCUGGUCAUACUGAUAAACUCAUGACAGCUGUUUUAAGCCAACAUCAAAUUGGUAGAAGUGGAUUGCAAGUUAUGAUCAAAAAUGGGGAGUGGAUUGAUGUUGAAUACUCAUCACCUCAUUCAUUCAUAUUCCUCCUUGGUGACAUUUUCACUGCACUUACAAAUGGUAGAUUGCCAAGUCCAUUUCAUCAAGUGAUUGUGGGAAACAAAGAGAGAUAUUCCAUUGUGUAUUCUGCAGAUGCUAAAGAAGGAUAUAUCAUUAAAGUCGCUGAGGAACUUGUUGAUGAAGAUCGUCCUUUGCUUUAUAAGCCUUUUGAUCCUCUUAAAUAUUUUCAGUAUUGUAUCUCAGGGGUUCAUAAAGAUCCUACUACCACACUCGAGAGCUUCUGUGGCGUUGGUUCAGUUUGAGUCGAUUUUCUCCUAAAAGAAAAUCAAACUAAUUAAGUCUCAUUUCUUUUAAUGAUCUAGUGGAGUUUUUGUUACCAAUUUGGAUCAUUGUUGCCUAUUGUGUUUUUCGAUUAAGUAUACUGUUUGUUUUAAUUGUUAUCUUAAUAAAUUCAUCGUUAUGUAUCGAUGAAACGUCUUAUUUUA